AUGUCUCACUUGAGUUUUAACGAAGUGAAACUGUUCGAAGAUACGGACAAAGACACGGACAUAAUUAGGAGUAUUAUUAAAAUGGAACAUGAGUUAACAGAGGAACCGUUCUGUAUUCUUGACAUUGCCGAUGUGAUACAUAAACAUCAAAAUUGGAUUGCCAAGAUGCCAAGAGUCGUUCCAUAUUAUGCCGUCAAAUGCAACCCGGAUCCAGUGCUCAUUAAGAUCUUAGCAGCCAUGAAUGUUAGCUUCGAUUGCGCGUCCGAACAAGAAAUAAGAAUCGUAAUGGCGCAAGGUGUACCUGCGAAUCGAAUCAUUUUCGCAAACCCGACCAAGUGGGCUACUCACAUCAGAUUCGCCAAGACGAUGAAUGUUGAAAAGAUGACAGUUGACAGUAUAAUGGAAAUCCUCAAAAUCAAAGAGAUUUUCCCGGAAGCGAAAAUAGUGAUCCGUAUUCGUUGCGACUCUCAGAAUUGCAAGGUGUCACUUGGAACGAAAUUCGGUUGUGAGGAAGAGGAAGCUGUACGGUUGAUGCAUUUCAUAAAGAACGUUGGUUUGACGUUAUGGGGUUUUAGCUUUCACGUCGGCAGUCCAUGCAACGAAUUAAACGCUUAUGUCAGAGGAAUCAUGAUGUGCAAGAGACUAAUCGCGAUUGCUAGAGAGAUCGGCUGCGAAGAUGCUCAGUUGAUCGAUAUCGGUGGUGGAUUUCCUGGUAACAGAGGAUACUGUAUUGACAAGCUGGCUGGUCUUAUUAACGACGCCAUUCAAGACAUUGAUUCGAGCAUCACGAUCAUUAGUGAACCUGGACAAUAUUAUGUAACCUCGGCAUAUAGCUUGGUGUCACUUGUGCAUACGAAAAAGGUAGUUCUCAGGAAUGAAGAAAUGAUUAGAAUGUAUUAUAUGAAUUGCGGAGUAUAUAACUGUUUCAUCGAGGAAUUACUAGACAUCAAGGCGAGAUUACCAGUACCGUUGGAUACGCCAGAGAGCGAUGAAAAAUUCGUCUCAUUCGUUUGGGGUCCAACCUGUGACUCCUUGGAUUGUAUCUUGAAAGAUGUAUUGUUACCUGAAUUUCAUCGUGGCGAUUGGUUGAUUUGGAGAGACGUUGGAUCAUACAGUAUAAGCCUUAGUUCUCCCUUUAAUGGUUUUUCAGCACCCAAAGUACAUGCAUUUGUGAGAAUAAGUCAAUGGAAAAAGUUUAUUGCUGGUAUAAGUAUAGCGCAGGAAUCCAUAUCACAGAAUAACGGAGUGGAGAAUGCAGUGAUGAAAACUAAAUAA